AUGAGGAAAAUUAGGUAAAACAGGAAUUGUCAGAAUAGUUUAUGACGGCUGUGAUCUGAAAUUAGCGUUUGCCCACGAGAAAGAGCGCAUUUUUUUUUUUAAAUUUUUCUGUGAAUUUCAGUUCCGAACUUCAACAACUGGAAUUUCUCAGUCAUUUUUGCAUUUUAUGGGCUGUCUCCGUGCUCAAAAUGACCGCCUUUGUCUGCUGAACAAUCGUGAGGCAACUGUUUUCUCAAAAUUUCCGAAAGCUCGUUUUUUCAAGCCAAAUUUCGAAAACGAAAUUACUCUUCGAAUUUUCACUUUUACACGAGCACAUCAUUUUGUAUCUAUCGGUCAUAUGAACAAACGUGAGGCAAAGGUUUUGAAGGAAAACUGUGCAUAAUCCCAAAAACUCGAGAAAACAGCGUUUUCAGUUGAAAAACCGAAUCCCGUAAAUCGACACUGAGAGCCGCACGCAAAAAAGCGCGCGAAAAAUUUUUUUCGCCCAAGGGGAGACAUUGCGAUCUACUUAUGUUCUCUGAAUUUUGCUGCAUUUUUCAAAAAAAAGCAAAGGAGACUACGAGAAGUACACGCGGUUAUCGAUUUUUCGUGCGGCACUCGACUGAGAUUCGGCAGGAUACCGAAACGAAAUUAAAAACCUCGAACUUGUACACAUUUGGCGGCCGGUGGACUAGAAAACUCCACUUGCCGUGUACUUCUCGUGGUCUCCUUCAAAAAAAAAAUCAUCUUCCUAAUUUCUGACUGAUUAUGCACACAAUAAAACGUUUCUUAUCAAACGCUUAAAACAUUUUUUUUUGCAAAACUCUCUCGAAAUUUCUCUGCAAUUGCACUCUGUUCCUAAUCUGGCCGAAUUUCUCGGCCGCGAACUGAUUCUUAGUUGUUUUCCAUUGAAAAUGUGGCCUAAUUCUUCAAACUCGGUCCUGAGGCAUUGCAAUUUGCACUGCAAGAGGAGUUUCUCAACAGAGCGCGAUUGCAGUGAAACUUUUGCAGUUUUUCUAACCACUUGAAAAUGAACGACGCCUGUACGAUCGAAGAUGUGGGCCCUAGAAGUUCAACCACUGAACAAUUGUUCGGCGAUUUCAAUAAAGUAGCAGCAGGAAGGGAUGUGGCUGACGGUUUGGAGGUUACUAGAUUUGACUUGCGAAGAGGACAUAGAAUAGAGGAUAAACUUUCAGAAUCACUUGAUCGAAGAGAGGAACAGUUAUGAAGGGAUGCUCAUGGAGCCGUCUAGUGUCGUCUUGUACAGUUCUAGAGCGCAGUUUAUCACUGCUCUUUGGGCAGUUAGUUUAUAAAUGGACUCGAAACAGCUGUGAGAAUGCAUGUUCUUCCAGACUCUUCAAAACGAGAAUGCCUUGUUGAAACUGUUGAGACGAUUCUCGUUCAGCGGGAAAAGAGACGGAAAAGAGUGGGAUGAAGAGUUCGAUAAGCUGAUCCGUCUUCGAGAAAACCUGGUCGCAAAGUAUACACGUUUACUGAAUUGUUUCGUCGACGCACUGAAACACAGUGUGGUCGACGACGCGACCUUCUAUCAAUACGUCUACGAUUUUGCGGUCGUUGAGAACACGAUCAAGUCCGAGUGGAUGUUCACAGAAAUGCUACAACACAUGGAUGGGAAGCUGAGCAUUAUUGUGAAGAAAGGUUUUCAAGACGACGACGACUCUUCCCUGUUCACUGCCAUCCGAAACAUUAUGGCCGGCUUCAACAGUACCCUUUACAACCAGCAAAAGCCUGGCAAUCGGAGUGAGCCUAUAGGCAAGCUGGUUUUCGUUAUAUGCAAAUGAAAUGAUCAAUUUCAGGUCAAUGUCAAGUCGACAUUUGCCAGCAACAAGACGCCCCACAGUCUCAACCCUGUUUCGAUCAAGCAAAUGCCCGAGUCGACGUGGUUCCAGUACACGGUGAGUUAGUGGACUUGGAUUGAAGUAUCCUAGGCAUCAUCUGGUCCCGAGAUAUAUAGAUCAGAUGAUCCGAUCCAAGUCCAAGAAUCCUGCUUAGUUUGAACCCAAUCAGCCCUGAAUAUAAAUGAGAAAAGUUGCAGCGAAUGUUCCCGACAACUCGGCUGUCUCGAACCAUUGCUACGUUGAAUAUCGUGAACCGAAAAGCAUCGAUUCUCGUGGCACAGAAGCGUCAAGUCGCGCAUCGACGCCCGGAAAGGGCAGACACGUCGUGGAGACGGAUGAUGAUUACGGGGCGCCUCGCAAAAAGACGCGUAUCACAAAGGCGGAUAAGGAAAAGUUGGUAAGAAGCUCACUUUGAUAGUAAUAUUAUAGGGGCACCACCGCACAGAAAUGGCGCUCUGUUGAGAAACUCUUUUUGCAGUGCGCAAAUUGAGCGACCUCGGGGCCGAGUUUGAAAAGUUAGGCCACGUUUGCAGUGGAAAAUUACUUCGCGGCCUAGAAAUUGCCCUUUCUGUCCGGUGGCCAUAUUAUAGUAAACCAUGAACUUGACAGAGGCAGACUGACGAGUGGAUGAUGAGAAAAAAGGCGCAGGACCGGAUCAAUUCUCAAAACACGUUGAGAAAGAAGAAGAUUGAGCUGCAAAAACUGGCGGAUUGGAUUCAUAGUCUGCAAAAAUUACUCGACAGGAAAAAGAGAGAGAAUGAGAGUGCCGAGAAAUUGAUUUCGACGCUUAUUAGCUCCGGUGAAUUGCGAGAACAUAGAGAGAAGGCGAAGAAAGUUGCGGAAAGAGGAACAAAGUUUAUAAGUGCAAGUGUUUGUGUGAAAGUCGCCCGUCAAUUUGUAAAGUGUUCAGGAGGUUGUACAGACGAAGAAGCGCCUAUUCGACAAGUUAUUCGCUGACCGGGUGCCGACAAGAGCCGAGUUUAUUUUGGAAGCCGAACACGUACCGCUUUUUGUUGCCAACACACUGUGUCCCAAUUUUGCGUUUAGAACAAAAACGACGAGGAGAAGAUGCUCGAACAGUUGCGGCGGGUACCUAAAAAAGGCAAGAAGAAAGAAGGAGACAGAACUUGGAUAGAAAUUGCCGAAAAGUUGAAUGAACUUCUGAAUAAUCAGGUGACUUUCUUGCACUCUUGAAUGCAACUUUUUGAAGGCAAACAACCAUUUUAGACUAGCAUUCGUCCGGUCAAAAAAAAGUUGAUAGACAUUUGUCGAAUGCUCGAACGCGACGACUGUGACAUGUCGCGAACUCUUCCAUCGCAGAAGAAUCGUUCGAAGAAUGAUGUCGACUUGUACUCAAAUGUACUGGAAGCGGCGCGUCUCGAGCUCGCACUCGAGGAAGAGUUCAUUCUGCAAAAGAGCUUGGAGGCCUUGAUGGCCCGGUUUGGAGUACGUCUCGAUGAUGAUCGCGUCGAACCGAUUCCACAAAUCCGUCGAGUUGAAAAUGAUCACGCAGUUGCUGAAACUUGA